AUGACUAUCGGUAAGAAAUUAGCAAAUAAUAGAAGGGAAAAUGUUAGAAUUUUGAUUUGUUUCAGAUACGAAUGGGAGGGCAAGAUCAACGAAGAUUCUGAACUGAUACUUAUGAUUAAAACAAGUUCAGAAAAAGUUCCAGAAUUGUCCAAGUAUGUAAGGGAGAACCACCCGUAUGAUUGUGCAGAAGUAAUAAGCUCAAAGAUAGAUGACGGAAAUGAACCGUAUUUAAAAUGGAUUAGCGAUACCUUAUCAUCUCCCAUUAGUAAGAAUACUGAAUCUGAUGGAAAUCCUGAAGAAAAGAAACAAAAACUGGAUGAGUGAUGAACAAACUUGGAUACAUUUAUUGAUGCAAGUGUAAUAAAUUAAUUCAGAACGGUUUUAUACAAGACGUGUCAUAUAACGGCAUGGGAAUGUAGCUUUCAAUGUAUCAUUCCAAAGUGGAAAGAAAAAAAAAAACAUAUACAAAUACACAUGUAUAUGAUAAAGUAGAGAUGUAUGUAACAUGUUAUCUAUGUCUCUGGAUAAAAUAAUAGUAUUAAUCUGAUGCCAAUUGUGAUAAUUAGACACUGACUAAAUAAAAUUUAUUUAGAAA